GGUGUUAUCGACAUAAAAAGUAUUUUGUUUUCGCUAAAAUCAGGCUAACCUGCGCUAAAACGAAUGAAAAUGUUUUCCUAACUAAAUAAGUUUUAUUUUCUUUCGUUUCAUAAAAAAAGUGCAUUUUAUCGGUAAUUUUAAUAGCCACAUUAUUAGUAAAUCGAAGGUUUAACCAUGGCUGAGUUCCUUCCGCAGGACGAUCGUAGACUUUGGAUCGGAAAUCUGGACAGCCGCGUUACCGAGUAUCAACUAUUGAAAAUUGCGCAAAAAUGCGGCAAAAUCGAAAAGUUCGACAUGCUUUUCCACCGAUCUGGGCCGAUGGCCGGAUAUCCCCGAGGAUAUGCUUUCGUGACCUUCGAGAGGCAAAGGGAUUCAGAAACUGCCUUGGAGGUGCUCAAUGGUAAACUAGUGGGAGACAAGCACAUGGUGGUCCGGUGGGCGAAAAAUGUCAACCGGGACGAAAUGGAGAAAACCAAACCGAAGUUGCAAAUUCCGGCACUAGCAGGUGGCUCGAAGGCCGGUCCCAGUGGACCGAUGAGUCAACAAACCAAAAUUCAGGCCCUGGAGGCAAAAUUAAAAAUGAUGGAAAGCAGGUCGGAUGAUUUGGUUAUCAACAAGUCGUCCACAGGGGAACGACCCAUCAUCGAGAAGUAUCAGUACAAUAAGAAUCAACCCCAGCAGCGGCAGGAUGCUUCGAAAAUGAAACGUGGAUCGUCACGAGGUGGUGGAAGGAGCGGGCCGUACAAAUCGAGUAGGUUUAAGUAAGGGGGCGCGUGUAAAGGCGUAAAUAGAUAGCAACAAUUGUGUCGGAGAUUUCUUUCGCAACUAUCUCGUAGUUCUUAAGCAUACGUGUGAUUUUUUUUCUUUAGAUUUAAUUUUAAAUAUACUUAGACAACGAACUAAUCUACAAAAUAAAACGAAAAAAUUGUAA